AUGGGCCCCCCACCAUCCCCGAAGGAACCUCGACGUUCCGGCCGACGCCCCGCAGCCUCCUCAAGCAAGUCUCCAGACGGCUCGCCACCGUCUGAGGGACAGCCCAAGCCAAGGGACAAUACCAUCCGCCCCUCUCUCAUCUCGUCUCAGAACAACACCCGUACCAAACGCGCGAAGAACGAAGAGAUAGAGGAGCCCCUUGAAGAACUUGCCAAGAACGGCAUCUCCGGCAACGGAAGCUCCAUCCGCUCGAAGCGCAAAGGCAAGGACAAGGACAAGGCCGCACUUGUACUGCAGAUCCCCAACGAUGGUAUGGACCACGAAGUAGAAGCUGUAGGCGACGAAGCUGAGAACGGCGAGGACGAAGAAGGGGGCGUAACGCGUUGCAUCUGUCAAAAAUACGGUGAGUCUGGUCGCGCCAGAGAAGAAGAAACCGACCAGGGAGAAUUCAUGGUGCAGUGUGAGACGUGUAAAGCCUGGCAGCAUGGACAGUGCAUGCACUACGAGGCCACCGACGUCGUGCCCCAGCACUACUUCUGCGAGGAGUGCAAACCGGAAACAUGGGUUGAGGUCAUAAAGGCCUGGGCAGCAAAGCAUACACGCCACCCCUCCUCUCAUUCGCAUCCUCCCCCCACCCCCACCAUGGUCAACACCUCGCGUAAUUCUCGCUCCCAUUCCCCCGCGGUAUCGAAGACUACAAAGCGCAGGAAUACGAUGAAUAGUCGUGAUGCGGCGUACGACGAGGAGAAAUACCGCGCCCUUAUGGAGGCGCAUGGAGCGGACUUCGACUUGCCACCUCGCACCCCGGUCUCUGCGGUGAGCGCUCAGGGUGUUGUGGACGGCCACGCAGAGCCGGUGCUGGAGAACGAGCCAGCCGCGAACCCCAAGAAGAAGCGGAAGAGAUCGGACGACGAUUCCGCUUCAGUGAAAAGGACAAGAUCUGUGUCUGUGGUCUCCGAUCGCCCUCCGCCAUCCGUGGUCGCACGCGACGCGACUCCGCUAAGCACCAUCAUGGGUCCGCCCGGCCCUCCCUCCGCCUCUUCCACUGCGCGUGCGCCAGUUGCGCGAAGCAAGCCGCGAGCUGGGCGGAAGUCACAGGUGCAGGCGCAGGAUCUUGCCUUAGUUGACGGGGCUGAUGAAGGUAACGCUGCGCCAACACGCAAGGCCAAUAGCCGCGCCAAAGCCAACAAUACCUCCGAGCACACUGGCAGACGCGCACAGAACAGCGCAGCCGCUGCCACCGCGGCUGGAACUUCGGCCACCUCGCGCUCAUACCAUCACUCCCAUCCAUAUGCCGCUACUCAACAACCGCUCCUCACCUCCUGGAACCUGCCGGACUACCUCGCUCAUCUCGCAACCGCGCUUCCAUCCGAGGUUCCUCCCGCCCUCGAAGUUCAAGGCAGUGUCCUCGACGCCAAUCGCAACCCCCUCGAUGUCCCAGAACGCCUAACCGAGCGCGGCGUCAAAGUCAAGUGGCCAAGUAAACGCAUGAGCGUUGGAGACAUGAACAAACGUGUUCGGUCGCUGGUCGAAUGGGUCGGGCGGGAGCAGGCGGCAGCGAUGGAGCGGACGAGGAGGAAGGAGGCGCUUCAAAAGGCAUUGCAGGCGCAGGAAGCGGUGAACGGGGAGGGCGGCGUGAUGGACGCGGAGGCGAGCACGGCCGACGGUGCGCACGCGAAAGAAAACGGGGUGGUGAUACCUCCCGAGCUUCCGCCGCCCGUGGGUGCUCUGGGAGGGAGGGAUGAUGCCACCAUGAAGCUGAUGGAAGAGCUGAUGGAGGAGCUUAUCAGCUUCCAGGAGCGCUUUGGACCGGGGGCGAAAGCCAAGGAGCGUGACCGGCGGGCAGGGGCUCUGUAG